CUUCGACCACAAGCCACUUCACAAUUCAUUAUUAUUGCAUUAUUAUUGCAUGUGUUCUUCUCUUUCUUGUCAUAACUAUUUUCACAUCUUUUUAACGAACUCAACUUGGACUUCGUUCCUAGGAAACGCUCUCCCAGAGGAUUUGUACAGCGUUCAUAAUGACUGAAAUGGAUAUGCCACUGAAUUUCUCGAUGAAGAAACUGGACUCCUCGGACAAGAUGGAUGAAAAUAUGAACACUCUUCUUAACAUUGAAGAUGGGAGAAGGCCAGAAGCGGAUCAACCUAACAUCAGCCAACUUUCUAUCGCAGAAGAGACUGAAGGAAAGGUUAAUAUCUCUAGCCACAGUUCAAGCUCUGCCAGCAGGUUUAGUUCCAGUGCUGACCACAGUUUCUUUGCUGACCACUGUGAGUAUGCUGGUUCAUUGAGCUCCUCGACUAAUCAUCUUCUUCUGGUCUCAAAACAUCCAGAAAUAUUCAGGGAUUUACCAGCUGAAGAGAUGGCAGCAGUUCAACAGAAGCUAUUUGAACUUGGAACAUGUCAGAUGGAGUGUUGGAAGUGUUGUAAUGUUAUUUCUUAUAUCUCCGGACAGUUCGAAGAUGUAGCCAGACAUGUCAAGGAUUGUUGGGGUUCAGAUAUCAGUCAUGAUUUUUGCCACCAAGAAAUAAGAUCUGUAUUCUGUGAGAUAGAGGCGCUUGCUGAUGCUUUAGUAAACCAUGAUACAGACACAUCUUAUGAAGAUGAAAGUGAUGAAGAAUUUGAUGUAACUCUUGAGCUAGUCAAAGAUGAAUUGAGGAAGGCAAAAGAGAUGAAGUCUGUGUUUCUGUGUGAACCAGUGGACAAUGUCUUUGAGGGAAGAACCGGUCUUGUACUUUGUCUUGAUCCCCAGGAUUUCCUGAUAGACCUUCACCGUACAAUAGAAAAAAUAUGGUUUGGACCUCAAGAGUUGCCAGCCACAAAAUUUGCCGAGUGCAUCAUGUUACCUGCUGGGCGGGAACGCAUGUCUUACGAAACUGAACUUAAGGAUUUUCUGAAAGAGGGAGAAUCCGCUAUCUACAAGUAUGGAUCAGGGUAUGCUAGAACAUCAGUUAGAAUCACUUCACUAGGUUGUAUGGAUAUUGCAUUACGCCAAUGGAAUUCUAAAGUUAUGAUGUCUCACCUUCCAUUAGAGCUUGUAUGCUCAGGAUGCUGCUCAGAGAUGGGGAAACUUAUUCUAUGCUCUAAGGCAAAUUUCCGCCCUCUGCCUUUGAUGAUUAGUUCUGAGAUCAUGUUUCAUCCCAGAAGCUUCUGCUCCCUUCCCUGCCUGGAGAUAUACAACAACAGAACUGGGCAGAGAAUACCUAGGUGUGCUCUGGAAAACGUUUUGGAUUCACCCUGUUUCUUUCCACGUGGUCUGAUGGAAGACGACAUUAACAACUCGACAGAUAGUUCUUUGAAUGACAGCUACAGUAUUCCAAUUGGGAAGAGAACUAAAAAGUUUCUAGGACACUUCUUGAAGAAAAGUUCUGGUUCUUUGGCAGAUAGAUCUGGAUCUUCUAAGGAUUCCUGCGCGUGUGACCACUGCGCAGAAUCUAGUUGCUCUACCAGCUUUAACACCUCAAGUGAACCUAGCACAAACUGUAGCACAUGUAGCAGCAGCAGUACUAAUGGUACCAGUAGCUGCUCAAGUGAAAGUAGCUUCAGUACUCCGAGCACUGAAAGAAGCUCCAGAAGAUGAGAAGAUUGGAGGAUAUAUUAUUGAUUUUAUGUAUUUUAUAUGUUGCUCAACGAUUUUAAUAAAUGAUUUAAUAAAUGAG